AUGGGCAAGCAAGCUGAAGUGGAGCCUCUGUCUGCCGUGCUCAAGCGCGCCGGCAAGAAAGCGCUUGGCGGCGGCCUCGCCGGCGCUCUCGCCAUGGUGGCGCAGGUCGGGCUGCUGAUGUGGAUGCGCACGACGAUGAACUACCAGCACGCCAACGGCCUGUCGACGAUGGAGGCGAUCUCGGCGCUGUACGCGAUGGGCGGGCUCGCGCGGCUCUACCAGGGCUGGCAGGCCGCGCUGCUCCAGGCGCCGCUCUCGCGCUUUGGCGACACGGCUGCGAACGCGGGCGUGCUUGCCGUGCUGUCCGGCGUCGGCUGGAUGCCAGAGGGCGCUUACGUACAUGGCCACCAUCUCGGCCAUCAUCGCCGAGGACGGCUCCUCACGAACGGCGUCUCGGCGAUGCUCUUCAGCGUCCUGUGGAAGUACUUCGAGCAGUUGCUCACCGCCAAGAAGGAGGACCCCAAGAAGGGCCAGUAG